ACGAGGGGGCAGUGGUGAUGGAAGUGGACCAUGACAAGCAGGUGGUGUACACGGAGACGCUGGCGCUGGCCCUGCACGAGCCUGACCUGCUGCUGGCAGCCAUGCAGCCCACUGAGGAGCACGUGGCUGGCAGACUCACCUCUCCCAUCGUCUCCACGCACCUGGACACCAGGAAUAUCGCCUUCGAGAGGAACAAGUCUGGGAUCUGGGGCUGGCGCUCGGAGAAGAUGGAGAUGGUCAGCGGCUACGAGGCCAAGGUGUACAGUGCCAGCAACGUGGAGCUGGUCACCAAGACCAGGACAGAGCAUCUCUCCGACCAGGACAAGUCACGCAGCAAAGGCUCCAAGACCCCCUUCCACUCCUUCCUGGGCAUCGCACAGCAGCAUGGCACCCACAACGGGGCACCCGUGCUGCAGGCUGCCAGCCCCACCAACCCCACAGCCAUCACCCCUGAGGAGUACUUCGACCCCCAUUUCGACCUGGAGACACGCAACAUCGGGCGCCCCAUCGAGAUGUCCAGCAAGGUGCAGAGGUUCAAGGCGACGCUGUGGCUGUGUGAGCAGCACCCGCUGUCACUGGCGGAGCAGGUGACACCCAUCAUCGACCUCAUGGCCAUCUCCAACGCCCACUUCGCCAAACUGCGUGACUUCAUCACCCUCAAGCUGCCCCCUGGCUUCCCCGUCAAAAUCG